CGAAUCGUUAACGAACGACCCAUCACUAUAGUCCGGGUCUUUGGAGAACAUGGCUGCUCGAAUGUUGAGGUUUGCGUCAGCCCUGCGCAACAAAACCAGUUUAGUUAAGGUCCCCGAGAGAUGCCAGGCCACGGCUGCGGCAGCGGCGUACAAGCAGGCGCUGAUAAACGUCCCUCCGACACAGCUGACGACACUCGACAAUGGACUGCGCGUGGUGUCCGAGGACAGUGGGGCCCCUACCGCCACCGUCGGCCUGUGGAUCGACGCGGGCUCCCGCUACGAAAAUGAGAAGAACAAUGGUGUGGCUCACUUCUUGGAGCACAUGGCAUUCAAGGGCACUGCCAAGCGGUCGCAGACGGACUUGGAGCUGGAGGUCGAGAACAUGGGCGCCCACCUGAACGCGUACACGUCCCGCGAGCAGACGGUGUUCUACGCCAAGUGCCUGUCCAAGGACGUGUCCCGGGCCAUUGAGAUACUCUCGGAUAUCAUCCAGAACUCCAAAUUGGGUGAGGCGGAAAUAGAACGGGAGCGCAGCGUGAUACUCCGAGAGAUGCAGGAGGUGGAGACCAACUUGCAGGAAGUGGUUUUCGACCAUCUGCACGCGACUGCGUAUCAGGGGACCCCUCUUGGCCGCACCAUUCUGGGCCCUACCCAGAAUAUCAAGUCCAUCAGCAAGCAGGACCUGCUGGACUACGUGUCCACGCACUACAAGUCCCCCCGCAUGGUGCUGGCGGGCGCCGGCGGCGUGGGCCACUCCGAGCUCGUCCAGUUGGCCGAGAAGCACCUCACCCGCGUGGGGACGGCGUACCCGGAGGAGAUCCCGCCCCUGCCGUCGCACUGCAGGUUCACCGGCUCGGAGAUCCGAGUGCGCGACGACUCGAUGCCGCUGGCUCACAUCGCGAUCGCCGUCGAGGGCUGCGGCUGGGCGGACUCGGACAACAUCCCCCUCAUGGUGGCCAACACGCUGAUCGGCGCGUGGGACCGCACCCACGGCGCCGGCGUCAACAACGCCUCCCAGCUGGCCGCGAGGGCGGCGGAGAGCAACCUGGCCCACAGCUUCCAGUCCUUCAACACCUGCUACAAGGACACGGGCCUGUGGGGCAUCUACUGGGUGUGCGACCCCAUGCAGUGCGAGGACAUGCUGUUCAACGUGCAGAGCGAGUGGAUGCGGCUGUGCACCAGUGUGACGGAGGCGGAGGUGGAGCGCGCCCGCCGGCUGCUCAAGACCAACAUGCUGCUGCAGCUGGACGGGACGACCCCCGUGUGCGAGGACAUCGGCCGCCAGAUGCUGUGCUACGGCCGCCGCAUUCCCCUGCACGAGCUGGAGGCCAGGAUAGAGAGCGUGACGGCCAACGAUGUGCGAGAUGUGGCAAUGAAGUACAUCUACGACAGGUGUCCAGCCGUGGCCGCAGUAGGACCAGUGGAGAACCUCCUAGACUACACUCGCAUCCGAGCCUCCAUGUACUGGCUGCGUCUGUAAGCCCACUGCAGCAGGGGGAGUGUGUGUUGUGUUUCAGCCUGCAGCGGUACAGUGUUUCCAGUUCCCUGUGGGCAGUAGUGCAGAACCACCUGUGUACAUCAGUAUCUUUUGUACAUAAUUUAUGUUAUAUAAUUACAUUUUGCUUUUGUUCUAUAAAAAUAAAUGAAUUUCCAUCAA